AUGCGGUUGGGUUCGAGAUUUCGCUACACCGGUAAAACGGAAUGGGGAGUGACGAAGGAUGGGAACCUGUGCCAUCGAGAGAACAACUUCGAGCGUCGCCCCUCGCAGCGGUACGGUCCAAGGCAGUCUCAUGCGACGCGAGAAAAGCAGAAGCGCCAAGAACGCGUGGAAAAGCAGCCGCAGAGCGAAAGCGCAGCAGUGCACUCCUCCAUUCCUCCGACUUCAACUCCGCCACUGCCACCAGCGGCAGCAAAGACCACCGAAAAUCCGCUACUU